CUCCCUCCAGGAGCGCUUCCAGAGGCUGUCUGCCUGGAACAGGAAAUGCCGGUACAGGUAGUGCUGGGGCUCUUGGAAAUUUCAUCGCUUUGCGGCGUUUCGGUGGCGGAGUUGUUUGCUGUGUGUUCUCGUGCAGAUGGAGUUUCGGAGGCAUGUGGGUUCACUGGAAAGAGAAUGCAAUAAGCAUGACAUCUUCUAAACUGGAAUAUAUUUCAUGGGUUACAGUUAGAAGUAAGAAGAAGAUGGAACAAAAUGAGAGAACAGGAGUAUAAUACCUGACAAGAACUUUCCAGUCCUGUGAUAUAUACACACACACACAUAAACUUUCAAUAUAAUACAGCUAAUGAUUUAUAGUAAUACUUCAUUGAUAUCCCUGGAAGAAGUCAGUUACUGUGCAACUUGCUUAAUAAGAACUUGUAUUCUAACAACCUUUAACAUGUUUUAACCUUAACUGGACACCUUUAUUUAUUUAUUUUUUUAAGACUGAAGGUUAAAAACAUUGUCCAGCUGUAUUUUUACUGGGAGACUGCUCCUGAGGGAUGGCUCACAGCUGCUCAUGGAAAAUGGACUUAAGCCCAUGAAUGGUUACAACUACACAGAGUUGAAUGGAAUGCCAUGACUUUAGAAAUAUUAUUGUAGAACCACCUUCUUUGCCUUGCACCCAUCAUAUCCUUAAAUAUUCAAGUGUGAACAUUGUGAUUAUAAACUCUAAAAAAUAAUGGCAUGGGUGAAAUUCCUAAGAAAACCUGGGGGUAACCUUGGAAAAGUUUAUCAGCCUGGAAGUAUCCUGUCCCUGGCCCCUACAAAAGGCUUAUUAAAUGAACCUGGACAAAACAGCUGCUUUCUUAAUAGUGCUGUUCAGGUAUUAUGGCAACUUGACAUAUUUCGACGAAGUUUAAGAGGUUUAACUGGACACGUGUGUCAAGGAGAUGCCUGCAUAUUUUGUGCUUUAAAGGCCAUCUUUUCCCAGUUCCAGCACAGCCGAGAGAAGGCGCUCCCGUCGGACAACAUGCGGCACGCCCUCGCCGAGAGCUUCAAGGACGAGCAGCGCUUCCAGCUGGGCUUCAUGGAUGAUGCAGCAGAAUGCUUUGAAAAUAUCCUUGAGAGGAUUCAUUUCCACUUAGUGCCAAACAGUGAAACAGAUAUGUGCACUUCGAAAUCCUGUAUUUCUCACCAGAAGUUUGCUAUGACCCUGUAUGAGCAGUGUGUGUGUCGCAGUUGUGGAGCAUCAUCAGAUCCAUUGCCUUUUACGGAAUUUGUGCGUUACAUUUCCACCACAGCCCUGUGUAAUGAAGUAGAAAAAAUGAUGGAGAGGCAUGAACGUCUCAAGCCAGAAAUGUUUGCGGAAUUGCUGCAGGCAGCAAAUACUGCUGAUGACUACAGAAAGUGUCCUAGUAAUUGUGGUCAAAAAAUAAAAAUUCGUCGUGUUCUUAUGAAUUGUCCUGAGAUUGUCACCAUCGGUUUGGUCUGGGAUUCAGAACACUCCGACCUGACAGAAGAGGUUAUGCGGAAUCUGGCAACACAACUUUAUCUUCCAGGGCUGUUUUAUAGGGUUACAGAUGAAAAUGCCAAAAACAGUGAGCUCUUCCUGGUGGGAAUGAUUUGCUACACGAGCCGACAUUAUUGUGCCUUUGCCUUUCACACCAAGAGCUGCAAAUGGGUGCUGUUUGAUGAUGCUAAUGUCAAAGAGAUUGGAACAAAAUGGAAAGAUGUGGUGUCCAGGUGCAUUCGGUGUCACUUCCAACCAUUGCUGCUAUUUUAUGCUAACCCAGAUGGCACAGCUGUGUCUCCAGAAGAUGCACCAAAGCAGAUUAUUCACUGGUCUCAAUGCAAAGCAGCAGGAGGAAAUGGGGAAGACCUGGGAUUUGAAAAGCAUUUGGCUGCUAAAUCAGACCACGUGAAAGAGAAUGGAAUUGGAGAUUCCACUAAUCAAAGGAGUAAUAAAAAACUUCAGCCAGAUAAUCCAGCAUUCACUAGAAGCCAUAUUCAAGCAAGUGGUGGUAGAGGUCCAGCCAAGUUAGGAUACAGUGAGCAGAAGGACAGGCUGAAGGAUUUAUCCCGAGAGUGUGCCCAGAAAGCUGCUGACAUGAAAAACUUGACAUCUGUACGGAAAGAUGCAGACAGAGGACUAAGGAAAGAGUCUGGGAGACAAAGAGACGUGGUCGGGGAAGAGCGUUCCAGUGCCAAGUCCGGGUCUCCUCCGGUCGGCAAUGGGCUGAGGCCCUGCGCGGAUCAGCGCGUCUACGGCAGCCAGGGAAGGGGCCCCUACAGGCACGAGAGCCAAGCACCUCAGCAGGCAAAGCUUUCUGCACAUGGGCUUGGAUCAAACAAGGCAGAGCCUUCUGCAGGGGACAAAGCAGUGACGAGGAUUCGGAGCGAUGGCGUCACUGGCUACGACACGGACACCAGCCAGGACUCCAGGGACAAAGGAAGUAUGAGGAGCAGGAGUAAAGGUUGGAAACCAAUGAGAGAGACACUGAAUGUAGACAGCAUUUUCAGUGACACUGAGAAGAAGCAGCACAGCCCAAAGCACAAAGCAAACCUGAGCAGUAAAUCCAAGCACGAGAAGGAGCGGGGCUUUAACCACUGGCCCAAGGAGAACCAAAUGCAGAAGGGUUUAAUGACUAUCUAUGAAGAUGAGACAAAACAGGAUACAGGAAGUCGAAGUUCACUGGAUUCUGAGGGAAAAGGGAAUGCUGAAAAAAGCAAGGGAUUUACAGAGAGAAAAAUCCAUGGUGAUAACUGGCAAAUUCAGAGGACAGAAUCUGGGUAUGAAAGCAGUGACCAUAUCAGCAACGGCUCUGCAAAUCCAGACUCUCCUGUUAUUGAAGGAAUCAAUACAGCAGAUGCCAAGAAUGUGAAGGAAAGUGCUUCCUGCAGUGAACAGAGCUGGCCAACCAAAAAAGCUGACAGUGUGGUACAUUCAGUACCCCAGCAGAACAGAAGCUUCCAUGCCCCAGAUUUGAGGAAAGACCAGAUCAAUUCUGAAGUUAACUACAGACCUCAUCCUCAUGUUGGUUUCCCAACAGAAUUACAUUUGCAGGUGCCCAGUCCUCCAGUAAAGAGAGUUGAAAUGCCUGAGACCAACAGGAAAUUUUUCCCAUCGCCAGCUCUGCAGCCAGCUGUCAAAGAGAUUGUGAAGUCAGACAGCAGGAACAAGGCGAGCGCACCGGGCCCUUGCGAGUGGCUCCAGGCAGAGAGGUUUGAGAAGCUGCACGUGCCGGUGUUCUGUGCAGACAGCGUGCCCCACCCCUUCCCAGACAAUGCCUGUGCCAGGAAGCCCCUCCACAGCGACUUUCCUCCCCUUGCCCAGCCGCAGUCCCACCACCCAAGGAGUCUGUCCCAUCCCGCUCUGGGCCCCAAGGCGGGGCCGGUGCCCUGUGCGCCUCAGGGCCCGCAGGAAAGGCCGGCGGUGGCGCCCGUCCCUCCCGGUGAGCACGUGGGGCACCUGCUCCGCAGGGCAGAUCCCCUCUGGGUGCCUGAAGCCGUGUACCAGAACGUUCCUCCCCCCUUACCCCCAAAGAAAUACGCUCUGAGCGCUUUGGCAGGAUCAGAGAAUAACUCGCCAGCAGAUGCGAAAUCGACGGAAGCGUUGCGGAACAGUCCCUCGAGGCAAACAGGUGCACCUUCAAAGUCUGCAGCAGAAGCAAGCGCGGUCCCAGCCGAACAAAGGCUCAAGGAGCCCUUUCCAGGGAACGAAGUGUUUGUUCAUAAACCGGAUUCUCCACCUCGCUUAUCGGUUAAUGAGUUCUGGACCGUGUCUGAGAACAUGCUGAAGAAAGGAUCUCGCCACACGGGCCCCAGCCCUGCCUAUGCGGACGGGAACGACAACGUGUCCCUCACCACUUACUUCUCAGUAGACAGCUGCAUGACUGACACCUACAGGCUCAAGUACCACCAGAGACCCAAGCUGUAUUUCACAGAGAGUGGGAGCUUCCACAAGGAGAAACAUUCUCCAGCAGCUGCAGUAGAUCUGAAUGCCACAUACCCCGCCACUCUGGAGCCCAGGCAUCCCACCCCUGAACAGAGGUACAAGGCAAAUGCAGAAGGAAUACACUGCAGUCGAUAGGUUCUUCAAGAAGCCCACACCUUGAUGUGACUUCAGCGUUUGAUGAUGUCUGUAAAGGGGCACAACCUCAAAUCUGUGUGUGUGUGUGAUAACCAGGUACCCAGCUGGCUGUACUUGCUUAGGAGUUGUGACUGUCCAAACAAAUAUGCAAAUAGAGGCGAAGAGAAGAGGUGCUAAACUUGUGGUUCUUGGAUGUGUUACUCUAGUUGCCUUAAUGCUUACCUCUGUUACUCAGCUUGUCUUCUUCAGUUUGUAUCCAUGUGGUCCCUUGGGCGUGCACACCUCGCAGCAGUGGGAUCAGCUGGAUGUCACUAACUCUGUAAGAAGAUGUGGUUAGCUGCAGUGUAUGAAGUGUUCCUUCAAGCUGUGGUCACUGUUCUUAGACUAACAAAAGGGAGAAGCAUGCUACCAGAACUAAUGCAGUACAUGAAGUCAUGACAGAGCAGUAUUUAUCCUCAGAGGUAGCAGGAGGUGACAUGGCUUUUUCAAGCGAUGUCUCUCGGAGUCUGUGCUUUCACAAACCUUCAAGUGUCUUUAAUGCAAGUUUACCCAGAGGAUUUCUUUUUUAUUUGAAAAGCCUUAAUAACAAUACUUCUUUAAAAACCAUUUUGGUUUGCAAGUGUUAAAUUAGACUUGCAAAGGGAAUUGAAGUAAACUGCAGUAAUGCUUUCCUAUUAAUACCUCUGCUCUGUUAGUGUACAUUUUUAAACACGUUUAUCAGAUUUUUUCCUUUAAGCUGUAUACUUUAACUUAUUAAAUUUAACUUCCUAAGUUACAAACCAGUAUAACAGAAUAGGAUGCUAAUUUUAAAUAGAGUUAUGCAACUAUGACAGAUUCAUUUUGUAACAUUUUAGAAGUAAUUCCUACUUACGUUCAGUUCUGACUUAUUCUACAAUUGCAUGCCAAGUCAAUGCUGCUAUUUAUUAAACUUCCCUUUAUUUUCCAGGUUCAUGGGGAUCACACAUUUUGACUUUUUUUUUUUUUUCAUUUUUCUUUUUGUUUACCAACAUGUUUUCCCAUUUGGAUCAGUCCUACACAAGGAUAUGGUCUGCAUUAGCAGGUCAGGCUGAAUGUGCAGCCAGACUGGUGGCUAAGGGAGCAUGGAAAGAACAGGUUCCUCUUUCUCUGCUCUAUCACUCUUCUCCAGUUUUGGCAGCUCUGGAAUUUACCUUGUCUUUUGUUAACCUGACUUAUCUCUGUAACAAGGAGGAAAAUUUAUUUGGCUUUUAUCUGUUUAGGUAAAUCAGUGCAUAGAACCAUCUAGUGAGUGCUGAGGCAGCAUAGCAAAGCCUGGCACAACCUAAAAAGGUAAAAUUUUUCCAUUAUUCACAUUGGAGUGUUAACUUGGGGUGCUGCUGAUUACACCUAAACAUCAAUGCCUUUUAUUAUGAAAAUAAUAAGAAAUCAGAAAAGCUUUUUUUUUUCAUGUUCAUAACCUUAUGUACAUGUGUUUUAGUGGUUCAACCAAAUCAUGGCAAUUGUUUAGCACAAUUAUCCAAGGUAAACAUUUAAACAGUAGUUUUGGUUAUUCUGUGGCAAGGUCAGUUUUUUUUUUCUUUUAAGUAACAUGUACCUUACAGUAGAACUGGAACAUGAUAUAUAUGCAACAAACCAGGUAUCUCAGAUUAACCUUUCUACCUUCUUGAUCAAAAUUUGUUGUAGCACUUGGGGAAAAAAUGAAUUCUAUAAUUUAUAGUGAAAAUACUAUGCAUGUUUCUGUAUGGCUGCUAGUAAACAGCAACUUAAACAAUGAUCCUUUUGUAGGAAAAUAAAUUGAAUACAGAAGAACACUAAAAAUGUAAGAACUUGGGUGAUUCCUCUUGUAAUAUUUUUAAGAGAGAUUUCAGAACCUGUAAAUUAAACUUUUCUAGUUCACCUAGCCAUGUUACAUAAUAUACACAGCCAGUUAAGUACAACUGUCCUCUAAUACCUGUGUAAAAACCAAGAUUAUUGGAAUUUGUAAAUAAUGUAUAAUGUGUAAAAUUAUGUUUUGCAAAAAAAAAAAAAUCUUGUAUUUGAAAUGACAGUAUUUUUAUGUAUGGAUAGCACAGCAACAACUGUGAAUGACGUUAGAACACUUGUUUUUAAACAUGCAUAGCAAUGUUGAUACUUCUGUACCACGAGCAAUAUGAAUGCCUCUUACUGAUACCAAUGAACUCUGCUCCCAGUAAGCACAACUGGUAAACUCCUCUCUAAAGUAGCUGCAGUAACUUAGGUGUACUUCAGUUUCCUUGCUGAGCUUGGAGCAAUCUCACCAGACAGCUUCCUCUGUGACCCAUGUUUACCAGGUAUUUCAUGAUUAAACAGACAGCUAAUCAAGGCACCUUCAUUUUUAUAUUUGCCUCUGCACUCCAUGUAUGUAUGUAUGUAUGUAAUAUUUGCUAACUAAUAUGUGAUAACUCGUUUUAACUUACCUAGGGUGCCUAUUUAUUUUUUUAUAAAUGUCCCUUCCCAGCUAUAGAUUUGUAUAAGAGCCUAGACAAUUUUUGUAACAGUAAAGAAAUUAAUGAGUCUUGUAAUUAAUAUAUUUUUCAGUCUUUAGGAAUAUUUACUUGUAAAGUUCUACUUGUUCAAAAUAUCAAGAUAAAAAUUUAAAAUCUUUAUUGUCUGUUCUUUUUGUGUUUCUUGUUUAAAAAAACCAACAAAAGUUGGCUGUCCAGAACUAGAUUUUGAACAUGACAGAUAAUGCUGCUAACUGAUGGUUCAAAGUCUUUGUGGAGAUGGUGGUCUGGUCACCUUUUCUGAACAGGAAAAUUCAUCUUCUGAAGUAUUUGUACAUAAAGCUGUUAAAUAGAUUAAACUUUUUAAACAGCUAUGAAAUGCAUCAAGCCAUUUUUAUACCGUAAUCCCACAGAUUUGGUGACAAGUGAUUGACAGAUUCAUGGGAUACCUUACUGUCUUUACUAGGGAUAAGCAAAAUUCACCUGGAUCUCUGUGCUUAGGAGCUCCAUGUGCCUAUGGAACAGCUGGAGCCCAGUGCAGCACCAGCCUGCACUUCGUUAGCUCUUAUGUUUUCUGAGAUGAGCAAAACCUUUCAUGUUAGAUCUGGCUGAAGGAGACAACUAAAUUAGUGGAAAAUAGCUUGAAAUUCAACUUCCUAAGCUUUAAUAGCCUUUAAACCUCACCUGCCUCCCUUAUGAAAAAAGAAAUGCAGUAACAUUACAUUCUUCUCCCAAUAGGUUGUUCC